UUUGACCCUCACUCGGCGAUUAUUACUAGUCGGAUGGAUUAUUCAUAUAAGCCAGUUGUUUUAGGCGUUUUAUAUCAGUGUUGAUACCUUCUAUUGCGUACUAUGUAUUUGUUGCUGCUACUGCUGCUAGUACUUAUCGGCCUGUCUAGUAUUUACAUGUUUCAUUCUCUAUUGUUGAUCGUUUGUAUGGAAUAUUACUUGGAGUAUUGGCUCAAAUACCGGGUUCAAUUCAUUAUCAGGACAGUCUUCUUUCCGUUUUUUCCAUUUACAAUAAGAAACGGUUACUACACAAAUUAUCAAUCGACGAGUGGCACACCACCUCCCUCAAACAUAACAACGAACUCACGCCCACUGGGUAUAGGAAACAGAGAAAACGAUAAAAUAAGAAAGGGAAUUGGAAAGUGAAAUAUCUGAUAGGGAAUUUUUCAAUAAGAAGAAGUCAGUUCACCGCC